AGUCGGCCGCGAGCGUCGGGCGCCGCCAUACCUCGCCCGGCGACCUCAACUUACCCACCACACCCGCCGUACUAUUUUAAAAUCCAUCCGAGACACGGCGCAUGCGAAUAUCGAUCCGGCGAACUCGAAAUGGUACCCGUAUCUAGGUUAACCGGCUAAAAUUAAAGUUCCCGGUACGGACAAUGAGGGCGCUUCAAAUCGUUAUAAGCAUUUUGUAUGGUAUAGCCAGCGCACAUGUAUAAUAUAGAGGUUGCACAAAACGUGUGAAGGAGACCGACAUUCCCUCAACUUCCUUUAAAACGCUUUAUAUGGAGCGGGACGGAUAUAUGCUACAUGCUGCGUCGCGUAUUAAAACACACGAAAACCACGAUAGGUAAUAUCGCGGAAGCCAAACAUCUUUUUUGAUUAUAAAUAAAUAUAAACAUAGUUAAAUUUGAAUUUCGAACGACGAACUUCUUGAAGACUCUAGGUGCUUUAGAUGGACUAGCCUUAUUUAAAUUUCCAUGUGUUCGGCUGUGUAGUUAGGGCUUCUGGUGAGUAGGAGUAGUAAGGUAUAGAUUUAAGGAUAAUAAAAACGGUGGGGACGGUGCGUGGGUGUGUUGUGGUAGUGAGGGUGACUUGUGUGAUGCGGCGGCGGCCGCGUAGACGCAUUCAACGGAUACCAGUACAGCUGAUUUGCUCGUUCGUCUGACGAAUACGCUAAGGUCGCCACCUGCAGCAUAAUAGGGAGCCAUACGCCGCGGCGGAAAGACGGGUGCGACACGCACUCGUGAUCUAGUGGGUGGUCGGGCGUGGUGCGGGCGGCGGCCGCGAGCCCGGCACCAUGGCUACGGUGGAGGGGCGGCCGGCGCAAUAUGGCGUCAGCCUCCGGCAGCUGCGCGAGCUGAUGGAGACUCGCGGCGCCGAGGGGCUGGCCAAGAUCAACGCGCUCGGCGGGCCACAGGAGCUGUGCAAGAAACUUUACACAUCGCCCACGGACGGUCUUAGCGGUACGAAAGCAGACCAGCAGCACAGGCGAGAGGUGUUCGGUUCGAAUUUAAUCCCACCGAAGCCCCCCAAGACCUUCCUAACUUUGGUAUGGGAGGCUUUGCAAGAUGUCACCCUCAUUAUCCUGGAGGUAGCCGCUGUCGUCUCGUUAGGAUUGAGUUUUUACAAGCCGUCCGAAGAUGAGAGCGAUAUUGGUCACUUGGACGAGGAGGAGGGUCACUACCAAUGGAUCGAAGGUCUGGCGAUUUUAAUAUCCGUCAUAGUUGUCGUUAUAGUCACAGCGUUCAACGAUUAUACGAAAGAGAGGCAGUUCAGAGGGCUUCAAUCAAGGAUAGAGGGCGAGCACAAGUUUGCGGUGAUCCGCGGCGGUGAGGUUAAUCAAGUGCCUAUCAGCGAGAUCGUCGUCGGGGACAUCUGCCAGAUCAAAUAUGGCGACUUGCUCCCUGCCGAUGGUAUCCUGCUGCAGAGUAACGACCUCAAGAUCGAUGAAUCGUCGCUCACCGGUGAAUCGGACCAUGUCAAGAAGGGUGAAUCUUUUGAUCCCAUGGUGCUAUCUGGUACUCACGUUAUGGAAGGUUCGGGUAAGAUGCUAGUAACAGCUGUGGGGGUGAACUCGCAAGCCGGUAUCAUCUUCACGCUUCUCGGUGCCGCCGUGGACAAACAAGAGAAAGAGAUCAAGCAGAUAAAGAAAGGCGACGAAGACGUGACCCUGCCAGCUGCUGGGAACAGUCAUGGCGCGAACCACCUGCCCGAAGAUAACCACGUGGCCGCCCCGACGGAGAAGCCGCACGAGGCCAGCCAUAAGAAGGAGAAGUCUGUUCUGCAAGCAAAGCUGACCAAGCUCGCCAUACAGAUCGGUUACGCUGGCUCCACAAUUGCUGUGCUGACAGUGAUCAUCCUCGUGGUUCAGUUCUGCGUGAGGACUUUCGUCAUCGAAGGGCGGCCGUGGAAGGCCACUUACGUCAACAACCUGGUGAAGCACCUCAUUAUCGGUGUCACCGUGCUGGUGGUCGCAGUGCCCGAAGGGUUGCCGUUAGCUGUCACUCUGUCGCUUGCUUACUCUGUUAAGAAAAUGAUGAAAGACAACAACCUGGUGCGUCACUUAGACGCGUGUGAAACGAUGGGCAACGCGACUGCCAUCUGCUCCGACAAGACGGGUACUCUCACCACCAACCGGAUGACGGUAGUCCAGUCCUACAUAUGCGAGAAGCUUUGCAAGGUCACCCCCAACUUUAGGGAUAUCCCCGCAGAAGUGGGGGAGACGCUUAUAGAAGGAGUGUCGAUUAACAGUGCUUUCACUUCUAGGAUUAUGCCUUCCCAAGACCCGACCGGUCCGCCCAUGCAAGUUGGAAACAAGACCGAAUGUGCUCUUUUGGGCUUUGUGCUGAAUUUAGGACAGAGCUACGACGCUGUACGUGAGCGACACCCCGAAGAGUCCUUUACGCGGGUAUACACGUUCAAUUCCGUGCGAAAGAGCAUGUCCACCGUCAUACCUUACAAAGGCGGCUACAGGCUUUACACUAAAGGCGCUUCCGAGAUAGUUUUAAAGAAAUGUGCAUUCAUCUACGGACACGAAGGCCGCCUGGAGAAAUUCACGCGUGACAUGCAAGACAGACUGGUCAAACAGGUCAUCGAACCUAUGGCCUGCGACGGCCUGAGGACCAUAUCCGUCGCCUACCGGGACUUUGUGCCGGGCAAAGCUGACAUCAACCAGGUGCAUAUAGACCAAGAACCAAAUUGGGAUGACGAGGACAACAUCGUGAACAAUCUUACCUGCCUCUGUGUCGUCGGUAUUGAGGAUCCUGUCAGGCCCGAGGUGCCGGAAGCCAUCCGUAAAUGUCAAAAGGCGGGCAUCACGGUUCGCAUGGUGACGGGCGACAAUGUGAACACGGCUCGGUCUAUCGCGGUCAAGUGCGGUAUUCUGAAACCCACCGACGAUUUCCUCAUCCUGGAAGGCAAGGAGUUCAACACACGAAUUCGGGACGCGAACGGAGAGGUACAACAACACCUGCUGGACAAAGUGUGGCCGAAGCUACGCGUGCUCGCGCGUUCGUCGCCCACGGAUAAAUACACGCUGGUGAAAGGAAUGAUCGAGUCCAAGGCGUUCGACAAACGGGAAGUUGUCGCGGUCACCGGCGACGGUACUAACGACGGGCCCGCGCUCAAGAAAGCCGACGUUGGAUUCGCUAUGGGUAUCGCCGGUACGGAUGUAGCCAAAGAAGCCUCGGACAUCAUUUUAACGGACGACAACUUCUCGUCGAUCGUGAAGGCGGUGAUGUGGGGCCGCAACGUGUACGACUCCAUCGCCAAGUUCUUACAGUUCCAGCUCACCGUUAACGUAGUCGCCGUCAUCGUGGCCUUUAUUGGCGCAUGCGCGAUACAGGACAGUCCUCUUAAGGCCGUGCAAAUGCUGUGGGUGAACCUGAUCAUGGACACGCUGGCGUCGCUGGCGCUGGCCACCGAGCUGCCAACGUCCGACCUGCUGUUGCGCAAGCCCUACGGACGCACCAAGCCGCUCAUCAGCCGCACCAUGAUGAAAAACAUCCUCGGACAGGCCAUCUACCAGCUCUUCAUUAUAUUCUCGCUGCUCUUCGUUGGUGACAGAUUACUAAACAUCCCCUCGGGUCGGGGUCAGCCGUUGGGCUCGGAACCAACUCAGCACUUCACCAUUAUCUUCAACACUUUCGUAAUGAUGACACUGUUCAACGAAAUCAACGCGCGUAAGAUACACGGCCAGAGAAACGUCUUCGAGGGGCUCUUCACCAACCCUAUUUUCUAUUCGAUAUGGAUCGGUACUGCUUUGUCGCAGGUGGUUAUAAUUCAAUUUGGAGGCAUGGCGUUUAGUACGGCAGGUCUUUCGAUAGACCAGUGGCUUUGGUGUUUGUUCUUCGGCGCGGGAACGCUGGUGUGGGGACAGUUGGUCACCACUGUGCCUACUAAGAAAAUACCCAAGAAGCUCUCUUGGGGCCGAGGCCAGCCGGACCCGGAGUCCAUUCAGGCCGGUGGUCCGGACUACGACUCGGACCUGGACAAGAAGCCGCGCGCCGGCCAGAUCCUGUGGAUCCGCGGGCUCACGCGCCUGCAGACGCAGGUCAUAGGUGGCGAGUUACAGGAGCGCUUGAUUCCGGUGCCCUACAGCAAGACUUCCACCGAUCAAGCUAUCCGCGUGGUGAACGCGUUCCGGCAGGGGCUGGACUCGCGCGGCUCGCUGGCCGACGCGGCGCUCGCGGAGGCGCUGCGCAAGCAGACCGCGCUGUCCAAGCGCUUCUCGCACACGUCCAGCGUGGACUACGAGGCGCGGGACGCGCGCGACACGCUGGCGCCGCACGACCUCGACGUGGAGCGCCUGUCCAGCCACAGCCACACCGAGACCGCCGUGUAACGCCGCCGCGGCCCACGUCCCGUGCCGCGUCGCGCCGCAGCCCGCCGCGUGUCACGCCGCGCGACACGCCGCAGCCCGCCGUGUGUCACGCCGCGCGUCACUCGCGUCACGCCGCAACCCGUCGCGUGUCACGCUGCGCGACACACCGCAGAGCGCCGCGUGUCACGCCAGCGCCGCGCGCAUCCGCGCGGACGCUCACUUCGCUGCCAUCGCUCUAAUGUAAACGUAACGCUACUGUGUAUAAAGGCAUAUUUUUAAAAACGAGGUAUCACGUUUCGUAUUUGAUUUAGAACGUCCGAGGCCGCCCGCCCGCCGGCGUGUCGGAGCAUAAGUUAUUGUUAACUAGUGUGUUUAUUCGAUUGUUUUGAAAAUAUUUUAUUAUAAUACGCGCGUUGCCGCGCGUCUGUUGAACAAAUAAAAAUAUUGUCUAAUUAUUAAUUUUAGAUUUAAGCGCAAGGUCGAGCGAAUGGACGUGUGUUUUUUGAAAAUAAUAAUAAUGAAAAAACAUGGAAUUUUCGCAUAGCAUCGUGUCACCUCACACGGAAUGAAAGUUUUUGUAUUGCUUUUGUGGAGGAGUGCGAGCGGCGCCGUGGGAGCGCCGCGCCUCGCUUUUGUAAGCGUCGCCCCCACGCGCGCCUCAUACCAACUGCAACUAAAUUAUUCAACUAUUAGUUAAGGUGUUUGUUAUAAAUUUCAAUAACUUUUUCUUUUUGUUUUUACGACAUUUUCCCCCUAUAUCUAAGUACCUAUACAUUUAAGUCAUAUCUUGAAGCGUAGACGCAUCAAACUUAUCGUUUCUACACAAGAAACCGUGUAGCGUGUUUCUUGUGUACAAACCGACACGUAGUCCACUUUAAGCAUCUUCAAAAUGUUUAAAUAGAAAUAAACAUUAAAUUGUAUAGCUGAAGGUAUUUAUUUGUAAUGCUAGUCUCUUAUGAAACAAGUACUAAUUAUUCUAUUAUUAAAAUGUACUUAUUGAUUAUUGAUAAAUACUUCAAGUUUAUUAAACAAAUAUAGUCUACGGUGUAACGAAUUGAUUUUGGAAUUUUUUCUCUAUGAGCAAUAGCGGGGCGCGAGCACCGCGCUCGUUGCGGCCGUGUGCGUGCGGCAUGUGUGCACGUACACUCGAGUGUGUUACUUGUGUACAUAGUAUAUACCCACAACACUCCGGACGCAAGAAGCAGUGGCCUUAUAUAAGCGAGCAUGUAAGUGAUCAUUCGUCUCGCUCUCACGUGUGAGUCGCACGCACACUGGCGCAGAGCGCAGCGUUCACGUUGGCAGACAUAGGCGACGUAGGAUCGCAGCAGUGGCAUUUUGAACUUAUAAAGUAAGACAUGUACUUAAAGGACUUAGUGACGAGUCGGAUGCGACCCGUGCAGGAGCGGCAGACCGCUCGCCGCCCACUUGUUUUUAGUAAUAAAAAAUUAUAAAACAUAAUAAAAUAAAUAAUAAUAAAGUCAAACGAUUUAGCGAAUCGGCAAUGUUCAAUUUUGAAUAGAACGUUUCAUAGUAGCGGUAUUGAGAGUUGUUACGUUUUAUUUUGUGAGCUCCGUAGGCGCAUCCCGUAGCGAUCCAUUCUUCGAUCGCGCAAAUAGCAACUGAUGAGUGGCGCCUAUACCAAACUAUUAAACAAUCUUGUAAGUAAUUAAGUAUUAGCUUCGAAUCAAUAAAGCCUUUUUAAAAAAACUUAGUUAAAAAAAUUAAAAACUAUUCAAACUUUCACAUGUUUAAUAUUAGUUACGGUUUCAGUGAUUAGUGAGGUCAUGGUAUCGUUUUGUGUAUUAUAUUGCUAUAUUUUCGUUUAUUCGUUACGUACCACGAGUUUCCCGAUGAAAGACAUAAUAAAUUAGGAGUCUACGACAACGCAGACGCGGCGCCCCCGCCGACGCCGAAGCCUGCAUAACAAUCAGUUGUUUUGACAUGACAGUCUGCCACUAACCAUUUUAGGUGAUAAGUCCCAUUGUUGUAUUUUUCGUCUCACAAUAAAUGAAAAUCUAUUUUAUUGUUUUU